UUCAAACCAAAAAUGUGGAAGAAAGAAAACAGUGUCCUUCAGCAGCAUGCCAUCAGAGAAGAAAAUAAGCAGUGCUAGUGACUGUAUCAGCUUUAUGCAGGCUGGGUGUGAACUGAAGAAAGUUCGUCCAAAUUCCCGGAUUUACAACCGUUUUUUCACUCUGGAUCCUGACCUGCAGGCUCUUCGCUGGGAGCCUUCCAAGAAGGACCUUGACAAAGCUAAGCUUGAUAUUUCUGCUAUAAAAGAAAUCAGACUAGGGAAGAACACAGAAACAUUCAGGAAUAAUGGGCUUGCGGAUCAGAUUUCUGAGGACUGCGCACUCUCGGUAAUUCAUGGUGAGAACUACGAGUCCCUUGAUCUGGUUGCCAAUUCAGCUGAUGUGGCCAAUAUUUGGGUAUCGGGAUUAAGGUACUUGGUUUCUCGUAGCAAACAGCCUCUGGAUUUGAUGGAAGGCAGCCAUAAUACCCCGCGGUUCGCAUGGCUAAAAACUGUAUUUGAAGCAGCAGAUGUUGACGGUAAUGGCAUAAUGUUAGAAGAUACGUCUGUGGAACUAAUAAAAAAGCUUAACCCCACCCUAAAAGAAUCAAAGAUUAGAUUAAAAUUUAAGGAAAUUCAGAAGAGCAAAGAGAAACUGACAACACGAGUAACAAAAGAGGAAUUUUGUGAAGCAUUCAGCGAACUUUGCACAAGACCUGAAGUUUAUUUCUUACUUGUGCAGAUAUCUAAAAACAAAGAAUAUCUAGAUGCCAAUGACCUCAUGCUGUUUUUGGAGGCUGAGCAAGGAGUGACCCAUAUAACAGAAGAAAUGUGCCUAGAUAUUAUACGCAGGUAUGAGCUUUCUCAAGAAGGGCGGUUGAAAGGAUUUCUUGCAAUUGAUGGAUUUACUCAGUAUUUGUUGUCCCCAGAAUGUGAUAUUUUCGACCCAGAACACAAAAAAAUUGUCCAAGACAUGACACAGCCUUUAUCUCAUUACUACAUCAAUGCAUCCCACAAUACAUAUCUAAUAGAAGACCAGCUCAGAGGACCAGCUGAUAUCAAUGGUUAUGUCAGAGCUUUAAAGAUGAACUGCCGGAGUAUUGAACUAGAUGUCUGUGAUGGCCCAGAUAACGAGCCCGUUAUUUGUAACCGUAACAACAUGACGUCCCCACUUGCCUUUCGAAAUGUUAUUGAGGUAAUAAACAAAUUAGCCUUCUUUGCUUCAGAAUACCCCCUUAUUCUCUGCCUGGGGAACCACUGCUCGGUACAACAGCAGAAAGUAAUGGCUCAACACAUGAGGAAGAUAUUUGGAAACAAACUUUACACAGAAGCACCGUUACCAUCGGAAGCCUACCUCCCAUCACCCGAGAAACUGAAAAUGAAGAUCAUUGUGAAGGGGAAGAAGCUACCCUGUGAUCAGGAUAUAUUAGAAGGAGAAGUCACAGAUGAAGAUGAAGAGGCUGAAAUAUCCCGGAGACUAUCGGAGGACUUUUCAAGGGAGCCGAAGCUGAUCUGGCUCUGCAGAGAAUUGUCUGACUUGGUGUCCCUAUGCAAAUCUGUCCAGUACAAAGACUUUGAGACAUCUAUGAAAAGUCAAAAUUACUGGGAAAUCUGUUCCUUCAGUGAGGCGGAAGCCAACCGGAUUGCAAACGAAUACCCUGAAGAUUUUGUCAACUACAACAAAAAAUUUUUGUCCAGGGUGUACCCAAGCGCUAUGAGAAUAGACUCCAGUAACUUAAAUCCUCAAGAUUUUUGGAAUUGCGGUUGCCAGAUAGUGGCAAUGAACUAUCAGACCCCUGGGCCCAUGAUGGACCUGCACACUGGCUGGUUUCUGCAGAACGGGGGAUGUGGGUAUGUCCUGAGGCCUUCCGUGAUGCGUGAGGAAGUCUCCUACUUCAGCGCCAAUACGAAGGGCAUCGUCCCGGGCGUCUCCCCACAAGUCCUGCAUGUCAAAAUAAUUAGCGGGCAGAACUUCCCAAAGCCCAAGGGUGCAUGUGCAAAAGGGGAUGUUAUAGACCCCUACGUUUGCAUAGAAAUACAUGGGAUUCCCGCUGAUUGCACAGAACAAAGAACUAAAACUGUUCAGCAAAACAGUGAUAACCCCAUUUUUGAUGAAAGCUUUGAGUUCCAGAUCAACCUACCGGAGCUAGCCAUGAUCCGUUUUGUUGUUUUGGAUGAUGACUACAUUGGGGAUGAGUUCAUAGGCCAGUAUACCAUCCCGCUGGAGUGCUUACAGCCUGGAUACAGGCAUAUACCGCUGCGGUCUUUUGUUGGAGAUAUCAUGGAGCACGUUACCCUGUUUGUUCACAUUGCAAUAACCAAUCGAAGUGGCGGAGGGAAGGCCCAAAAGCGCAGCCUUUCAGUGAGGAUAGGAAAGAAAGCAAGGGAGUACACUAUGCUGAGGAACACCGGCCUCAAGACCAUUGACGACAUCUUCAAGCUGGCAGUGCAUCCGCUACGAGAGGCCACUGACAUGAGAGAAAACAUGCAGAACGCAAUGGUGUCAGUGAAGGAGCUGUGUGGGCUCCCUCCCAUCGCCAGCCUGAAGCAGUGCAUCCUUACCCUGUCCUCGCGGCUCGUGAAUGCCGACAACUCACCCUCGGUAACCCUCUGCAUGAAGGAUGCUUUUCCCUACCUGGAGCCUCUGGGUGCCGUGCCUGACGUACAGAAAAAGGUCCUGGCGGCGUAUGAGCUGAUGAUCCAAGAGAGCAGGUUUCUUAUUGAAACGGCAGACAUCACUCACGACAAGAUUGUUCAGUGUCAGAAAGCAGGAAUGGAGUUCCACGAAGAGCUUCAUAACCUCGGGACAAAGGAAGGCUUGAAAGGAAGAAAAUUAAGCAAAGCGAUUGAAAGUUUUGCAUGGAAUAUCACAGUGCUGAAGGGACAAGGAGACCUCUUGAAGAACGCCAAGAACGAGGCUCUGGAGAACAUGAAGCAGAUUCAGCUGGCGUGCUUGUCAUGUGGACUCAGCCGAGCUGGAAGCGGGCACGUGGAUGCAAAGGCAAAGCGGAGCCUGGAGGCGAUACAGGAGAAGGACACUGGGGAUGAGAACGGGAGGCUGUGAGAGAAGACAGAGCUGUCAUAUUUGUCAUAGAUUUCAAUAAC